AAUGUCUCUGCAAACGUUACUCCAGGUGCCUCAGAUAGUGGAAUCAUAGAUUAUUUGUCCUUUUGUGUGAAUCAACGUUUUUACCCCGGAUUGCGCACAGUGGAAUUCAAGUCAUAAUCUGGCUAUUGUGCUGAUUUAAAUGACGUUUACUAACUCUCUGCUAUCUUUAUUUUCUACCAGAAAAACACGUGUCUUGGUUUAACUCAUAUGCUAUUUUCAUUUAAGUGGGCAGGGUUUUUUGUGUUUUGUUCUGUUGUUUUUUUAAUCUUUAUGGACAAUCAUAAAGCCUUCCCUGGGGAAAGAAAAGGCUCAGCGAGUUUCCAUGGCAACGUAAUGUCAGGAAGCGGAAUUAAAACUCUUGAGACUUAUUUUCAGAAACUGUUUUUUAAGAGUUAGGCAAGUUGAUGCUAGCUGGUAAUCCUGUUUUCAAGUUGAGUUUUGGGGUGUGUGUGUGUGUGUGUGUUGCUGUUUUUAUGUAUCCAUCAAAUAACUACUGGGCACCUAACAGGUCAGGCACUAUGCUAGUGGGCAUUGGGCCAUUUAAUGUGGGCAGGACAGAAGCGGUUCUUGGCCCGAGGUUUGGUAAUUUAAGAACUGCGGUAGAUGUUCCUGAGAGAAACUUUUAUUGCUAACACGAGCUGAAGUCUGAUGCUGGGGUGGGGGCAGAGAAUAUAUUUGGGGCAAAUUGAAGAUGACCAACCAGAUGACAUUACCCACGGAGGGGUCUGAGGCCUCUCCCUUGAGCCUUUGAAUUGUCUACUUCUACGCCACUGAAUAUUUCUGAUUGCAACAUGGGCCUGGUUUUUGACUUUUAAAAAAACUUGGAUUCAGCCUUUAAAAAGAAGGAAAUCCUGACAUAUGUUACCGUUUGGAUGAAGACAUUAUGCAAGUGAAAUAAGCCCGUCACAAAAAGACAAACACACCACGAUUCCAUUUGUAGGAGGCAUCUAAUGCAGUCAGACUCCUGGAGACAGAAAGCAGAUGGUGGUUGCCAGGGGCUGGGAGGAGGGAGAAUGGGGAGUUCUGGUUCAAUGGGCGUCAAGUUCAGUUUGGCAAGAAGAAGUUCUAGAGAUCUGUUGUACAACCAACCACAUGCCUACAGUUAAUGCUACUGUACUGUAGGUAUACUUAAAAAUGUGUUUAUUUACUGCAAUUAAAAAAAAAGAGUCUGGCACAGCCUAGCCAUAGAGGGGACUCAAUGUUUGCUCAAUGCAAUCAUCUUGCUGGCUCAAGUCCUGGCCUGAUGUUUUUGCUGCCAAUGUUAGCCAUGGGGUUGGAAAUGGUGGGAGGUCCCCCCUCCCUGCUGCCUUUUUAGUGUGUACAACUGAAGAUACAGCUGGGAAAUAGCAAAGUCAGGGCUCUUCUAGAAAGUCAUCUACCCGGGAUCGUUCAUUUUCUGGACAAGUCCUGUGUCCAUCUGACACACCGACUUUGAGUCUCAACUCUGGACUGAGGUCGGCCCCCCACGGCCACAGUCGCAGAGGUUAACAACAGGCCUGCGCCAGGUGGCAGCCACUAGCAUGUGGGGUGCCCUUUAUAGUUUGUGCGUUCACCUCAUUUCGGCCGCUUCCUGGCCUCUAGUGCCUUCUCCAGGCUUCACAGAGGGGUUUGUUUGCAGAACUGAUGCCUUAAGGUUUGUUGAGGUUUGUUUUUAAAAAUUGGCUGUUCCCACCCACCUUCCCUUGAGAUAUAAAUAGAAGAAAAAAAGAGGUUUAAUUAGUAAGGCAAGACAUUCGAGCUACGUCCACUUGAUCCUUGAAAAGGAAAUCUAAGAGGUUCUUACUAUCACUUUUUCAAUCCUAUAUAAGGUAGGUCAGUAAGGACGCAAAAGCACAUCCGUGUUUUUUGCUCCUUCAGCUCUUUUUUCUGAUUCUUCUUGGGGGGAAAUCUAAAACGGUGAACAAUGAGCAUCACAGAUGUCCUCAGUGCGGAAGACAUUGCGGCCGCCCUGCAGGAGUGCCAAGACCCAGAUACUUUCGAGCCCCAAAAAUUCUUCCAGACAUCAGGCCUCUCCAAGAUGUCGGCCAGUCAGGUGAAGGAUGUCUUUCGGUUCAUAGACAACGACCAGAGUGGAUACCUGGAUGAAGAAGAGCUUAAGUUUUUCCUCCAGAAGUUUGAGAGUGGUGCUCGAGAGCUGACCGAGACAGAAACCAAGUCCCUGAUGGCGGCUGCAGAUAACGACGGCGAUGGAAAAAUUGGGGCUGACGAAUUCCAGGAAAUGGUACAUUCUUAAAGAACCCAGACUAUGGAGAUAGACACAAUCAGCUGGAAGGCCUCCAAAACCCCAGGAAAAUGGGAAACCCCACCUCUUCCCCCUAAUUUAUUUAUUAAUUCCCCCGGAACGCUCCUGCGACCCGCUCGGUGUUUAGUGAGGUAACAGACUUUAGUCGUUCAAGACUUUCCGGUGGUGGGUAUGCCCUGACGACUCCCGUAAGGCCCCCAGCAGAAAUGCCUUUAAAAAUCACCUAAUAAAGACACGUUUCUCAUCA